UUAAUCCAAUGCGGAAAGUGGAUCACGUGCCCGAUCUGCGGUCACGUGUCGCGGUUUUCCACGUGAAAUUCAAUAAGCCGGGCGGAUGCCGCAUACGAGAGAGCCGAUCAGAGGCUUCGAUUAACUAAUGUCACUUGUUAAAUCGGAUUAAAGCAACGUCCAAAGCAUAACGUCGCUCUUAAGACCAGCAGAGCUGCGCACCGCGUCGUCACUUGUUGUCGGGACGUACGCCGCAAAUGAUGGAUUUCACCCACGUAAGGGUGCAUCAGAUACUCUCGUCGAUCUUGAGGCCACUCGUAUUGGCGAUCGCGAAUAAUGCUAUCGAGGAAGAAGAAGAGGAGGAAGAGAACGCGUGAUCGCGAAAAAUAUAUUUUCCUGUAUACAAGAAAAAUUGUGUCAAAGUUAUAAUCUGGUGAUGCGAUUAUAAGUUUUUAUUGCGGACGGUUUCUAAACGUUGAAUAUUUUAAUAUCUCUCGAAGAACAAGUGCAUGAACUAUACGAGAAAUUGGGCGAAUUCGACAAUUUCCGAACAAUAAGAUAUGUCGUUCUAAAAAAGUGAACAAGUUUCAUGCGCGUGUAAAAUAAAAUUCAGAAGAAAUAUCACAUAAUUUGAUCACUGUAAUUACAUUAAGUAUAAUCGGAAUAGAUCUUCACGAAAAAGAAGAACAAAAAUUACAAAUGGAGUACGUUAAUUAUUUCGUAACAUCAUUUAAUGGCUCGUCGUCCUACACGUCAAACGUGCUGGAUAAUUUCGAGCACGCAAAAUGUGGAAAGUUGAAAUCAGAAUUUCAUCAUGAUGAAAAUGAAAAUGACACAUCGACCGAUGCGGCGGGAAAUUACUACGCCAAUUGCAACACCUCGGUGUGGAUGAGGAGUUGUGAGAAAGAAGUGAUCGAGCCUUUACAAGCGACCGAAAUCACCGGCACCGUCCCCAAAUGGCUGAAGGGCGUCCUGCUGCGAAACGGUCCGGGCAAUUUGAAAGUAGGCAAAUAUCGCUACCAGCAUCUUUUCGACAGCUCCGCUUUGCUGCACAGAUUCGGUAUCGCGGAUGGCGAGAUCACUUAUCAGCGGCGAUUCAUCCAGACCGAUGUGUACAAGAGGAACAUGGCAGCCCAGAGGAUAGUCUAUAGCGAGUUCGGUACAAACGCGACGCCGGAUCCCUGCCAGACUAUAUUCCACAGAGUGGCCGCGGUGUUUAAUCCGAACGGAACGCUAUCGGACAAUUCGAUGAUUUCGGUAUAUCCGUUCGGUGACGAGUAUUACACGUUUACGGAAGCACCGGUGAUGCACAGAAUAGAUCCGAAGAAUUUAGAGACGAUGGGCAAGAUAAACAUGCCAAAAUACGUUAACAUCGUCAAUCAUACCUCGCAUCCUCACGUUAUGAACGACAGUACAGUUUAUAAUGUAGGAUUGAGCAUAACGUCGACGGGACCUCGAUACAGCGUCGUACGCUUCUCUCCUAAUCGCGUGAUCGUUGAUGGUUCUGGAAAAGAAAAAGAACUCUCGAUGUUCGAUCAAGCGACGAUCGUAGCCAGUGUGCCAAGCAGGUGGUUGCUAAACCCAUCGUACAUGCACACCUUUGGCAUUACCGAGAAUUUCUUCAUCAUAGUGGAACAACCAUUGUCUGUCUCCUUCUUUAAGAUGGCAAAGAGUCACUACAAACAAGAAGCAAUGAUGAACUCCUUCAAGUGGCACGAAAACGAAAGCACUCUCAUCCACGUGAUCUCAAGGCAGACAGGUCAAGUGGUGAGGACGUUCGUCGCGGAGACAUUUUUCUACCUCCACAUCAUCAAUCAGUUCGAGACUCGUGACAAGAAUUAUGUCGUGCUGGAUGUAUGCUGUUACCGAAACCCGAAGAUGUUGGAGUGCAUGUACAUCGACGCGAUGAAAAACAUGCACGGAAACAUCGAUUACUCGAGGCUGUUCCGCGCCAGGCCGCUACGUUUCGUACUGCCAAUGAGAAAACCGAGUCCGGAAACGCCACUAGAGCACAAUCUCGUCAUGAUUAAUACGGUGCAUCAGACUAUAGAGACGUCCCGAGAUAUCAACGGCGAGUCGAUCGAUCGCAGGCCGAACGACGUCAACGGCAACGCGGACGACAUUGAAUAUGACGAUAAAGCGAAUUUCUGGCGAAACAAACAUAGAAGCGCUCUACAGAAAAAACCGGUCGCUCACCGACUACAUGACGGCAAAAUUUUCGUGAAGCCGGAGCUGCUCUGCGACGUCGGAUGCGAGACGCCGCGAAUAAACACGGACUUCCAUCUCGGCAAGGAGUACCGAUACUUCUACGCGAUUUCCUGUGACAUGGAUCUAAAUAAUCCCGGAACGCUCAUCAAGGUCGACAUCUACCAAAAGACCAAGAAAAUGUGGCAGGAAGACGGUAUUUACCCAAGCGAACCAAUUUUCGUGCCGAAUCCCGACGGAAAGAACGAGGACGACGGCGUGGUCGUGAGCUCGCUUGUCUGGACAAAUGAGGAGACUCGAGUCGGUUUGUUGAUCCUGGACGCUGUGACAUUUACGGAAAUAGCGAGGGCUACCUUCGAGACACCAGGACCGGUGCCUAAAUGCCUUCAUGGUUGGUUCAGUCUGAACAAGUUAUAACCAAAUGAGACUAUUGUGUUUAAACGUAUAGCGUUUUACUAAGCAAAGAGGCUUUUGAGCCUUAAAUUAUAGUAUUAAAAAUUAGUUAUAUUAAAGAUUAUAAAUUCAUCGUCGCUAUGAGAGGGUUAAGGAUCGCAACGCGGUCCUGUGUUUUUAUCUGUAUAAAUUAUUUUUAUCACGGGGAAAUUUUCCCCUUCAUGCUCCUCCUAUUCCAUUAAAAAUAAAUUAAGUAGAAAUGUACUGUAGGAUUAUAUCGAGCUUUGCUAGCGAAUCGUGGAUUGUGAAAAUAAGCCUGUUCACGUCUAAUCAUAUUCUUCAUGUUCCUUUCGUAAUUGAUAAAUAUUGUCGAACACACGAAUAUAAUAAAUUAUUUAAUGUCUUUUCACGA